UCCAUGGCUGAAGGACUGUGUGGAAUAAGUAGUACAAGCCACUUACAUCACAAGGAGUACAGCAGAACAAAUUGAUUCUCAAAAAAAAGCAGAUGAAACUCUUGCGGAAGAGUUUAUUGAAGGAGAGGAGAUUGCAAUGGAGAGCCAGUCGACUAUUGAAUCGUCAAACUAUGGUGAUGACUUUGAGGACUACGAGGAUGACUUUGAGGAAGAGGAAUGUGAAGACGAAGAGGUACAGCAUGAAAGAGAGGAAAUUCCAGCAUAUCAGCGAGCUGAAAUUGAAGCAAUUCAAAAGGCCAUAACAGCAGAAAAUGAACAGGUCAGAGAAAAACGCACUAAAAGUCUCAGAAAUACAUGUGAGGAAGAACUAAAUCGAGAUUUUGAAAACUCUCCGACCAUAGGACCUGUCCGAGGAACGUUCAUAGAUUUUGGGGCAGCCAAGCAGCGUGAAAUCAGUUCAAACAUGGCUAGUAAACAAAAAAAGCGCAGUGCGGAACUGCUCCGACUGAUUGAUUUGGAUUUCUCUGUCAGCUUUUCGAUGCUUGAUUUACCCCCAUUGAAUGAGUACGAUGUCUACAUCAAGAACUUUGGACGCACAAACACCAAACAGGCUUUUGUUCAGUGCAAUGAAGACAAUGUGGACCGAGACAUUCAAACGGAUGAAAUUGAAACUGUUGAAAAGUGGACACAACAUCCUGGAGAGGGCAAUCUGCUAUGUGGAGGUGCUAAUAUUAAUGAUGCCUUGUCCUUGGAUUCAAUGGCCAAAAGUAUUGACUCUCGCAGACUGACCAACUUCCUGAAAUCUGCUUGUCAGGUAAUCUCUGUGUUGCUUGAAGAAGAUCAAGCAGAUAACCAAGCCAGUCAGAAUGUACAGUCAAAAGCAACCAGUUUGUCUGUCAGUGAUGGGUGCGCUCAAUUGAAUGUCAACUUGCCAUUUUUACAUGGUCGUGAGGUAUUAUGUCUACACUUUUCACAGGUCCAGAGACAAACUCUGCUUUCAGUCCACAGUCUUCCUAAAGAGCCUGGGGUUGUCCAACUAGCCAGCAAUUACAUGAUUUGUGUUUGGAAUAUCUGGGAACCUUCAGCACCUCAGAAAAUCCUUGUCUGCGAAUCUGAGGUACAAUGCUGCUGUUUUGGCCCAAGUAAUGUGGUAUCUGUGUUUGCUGGAACAGUAGACGGUUCAGUUGUGGCUUGGGAUCUUCGCGAACAUUCCACUAUACACAACACUCUACAGACUGGGGGCCAAGAAUGGACUCUCAGAACUCCAACAUUCUCAACUGAUGGCGUUCUCACAGCUAUCAAUCACUCCUGUGCAGUGAAAGCUGUUUAUCCAGUGUCAUCUGUUUGCUUUGAUAAUCAUGAUGUUGGGCUUUCACUCUUGUCAUCCCAGAAAGGAAGUUCAGGACUGUCAUUUCAGCUCGCGACGCUAGAUGAAGGUGGUUUGCUUAAUCUGUGGGUAGUGGUCGAGCUACAAAAGGCAGAUCUUGCUGGUUCUUUAACAGAUUUGGGCCUUAUUCCUGGCGGGAAGAUAAAGUUGAUCCACAGCUCUUCUAUUGAGGUGAACAGCUUUUUCCCAAGAAAUCUCACGCAGCUGGGACCUCCUCGGACUCUGAGCAUCAGGUUUCUGCCUUCUGAUCCUAAUCAUUUCUUUAUUGGAACAGAUGCUGGUCUUGUGAGUCAUGGUACCCGUCAUGGCUUGCAAGCAGCACCGAGGCUAUACAAAUCUCAAAUAAAUGGUGCCAGAGCAGUUCAAGUCACGUGUAUUGAUUUCUGUCAUUUUGGAAACACACUGUUCCUGGUUGGGUGCUCAGAUGGAACAAUUAGACUGCACUCAGUGACAACAGAGCAUCCUGUUAUUCAGUGGAAUGAAAGCACUCGGGGUAGAUCAAUCCAGGCUGUAUUAUGGGCACUGACUCGACCUGGCAUGUUUUUUGUUCUUGACGCAUCAUCUCAUGUUUACGUAUGGGAUUUAUUGCAAAAUGUUUCCAAACCUGUUGCAGAGGAGAGCCUUCUGUCUGAUAAGAUAACAGCUAUAGCUAUUCUUGGUGACCCAGAGAAGCCAAGUGCAUCUUCAGGCCUCAUGUUGGCAAAGCAGUCUGGAGCAAUUGAGAUUCAGUAUCUAAUGAAGCAAUGGUCAGAGCCUCAUCUAAAUGAGUUGGAAACAUUGCACUAUAUUCUGCAGAAAACUGCAUAGAAUUGUGUACAGACUCUGAAAAGGACUCUGCGAGUUCAUCAACUUGCCCAUGAUUACUAGUUUGUAAAUGUGAUACUUUUUGUACAGUCAGCUUUUUUGUAAAUGUUAUUUAUAAAAUUUCAUUAUAUAUCCAUUAUAGUACAUUAUAGUAUAAAGUAUUUAUCAAGCCACCUGUUUUAUAUGAUGUUUCUCCAUGCAUAUAGACAUGCAAAUACAAUAUAUUUUGUAGCUCACUGAAUAUACCAGACUGGUUUUGACUAUUCCUUUCUCUGUUGUAGGCUGUCAGGAAGCUAACGUUAUUAAUAUGAUUACAAACUUUAAGAAUCCACAAAACUAGUAAAAUAGCUGUUAAUAAUAGAUUGCAACACUAAUGAUAGAAUGUACAUUAGUGAUAAGUAACAACUCUUGUUUUUAUUAUUCAUGUGUAGUUAUAUACAUGUGGUUUAAUUACUGAAUAUAGAAUUCAUCUGCCUGUGAUAUAACUCAUAAUAUUCACUAUUCUGAGUUGACCAAGUCCACGUACCAGUCAGGCGAAUUGUAUAUUUCUGUCACUCACACCUGUAGAGUUCUUUUUUAAUACAAUGGUAGUAAAGGCAAAAUAGUGAAUACAGGAGGUAAAAUUUUAGAACACUAAUUUUCUCAAUUUUAUUUUAGUCUUGGUUUUCUGAAUUGUACAUACAGUUAUUAGUGUGUUAAGCUGAUUAAAAUCCUCAUACUUUAACUCACUACUAAGAAUGCAACGUGUAAGAUUUUGCUAUGUUGGUAUUUAUUCUUGAAGCUAAAUCUAGGGGCUAAACAGGGCUGAGUUAUUUUAAACAUAUAUUUAAAUGCAUACAUUAUAUUAGAGAAAUAAAGAAAAACUUUCUAGCGGAUUAUUGGUACAAGUAAUUUCUUAAACAUGAUGUCUCAAGAAAAAUUCUGCAACAGCUAAUAAGUCACCGUAUAAGUCUAAUUUAUUCAGCCGGUGCAGCAGUUUCACUGUUGGUGCCAGUGUAGGGGUAACUUGAGCAAGAAGGGUGGACAACCAUUUUAGAUCCCAUGGUGGGCAAUCCAGAGGGAACCAUGCUGAAGAAAACUGGGAGAUACUGAAAGCAUUUUCACUGAGUUUAGAGUACUUUUCAGAAGACCUUACUACUUGGGAGGACAAUGCACACAAGUAUGGUUUAUUCAUGGACAUUUUCAUGUGACACCAGGAUUCCAGCUGAAAGCUCACUGCAGGAGAAUAGUACACGGUGCUCCAUGAGCCUCAUUUUUGAUUUCCCUACAGCAUUUGGUUUCAUCAUUUUUUGCUGCCGUUGCCCUGUGACACUUGAUGCAGUACAUUUCUCAUGUUAUCACUGGUGCCAACACGUGGAGAUAGGUGCAGUGAGUGCAGAAAAGCUCUUCCAACUAAAAAACUUAAUAUGUUCUGUAUAUAUAGUGAGAAGGAAUUGAGCAGUAAAUUAUAUUUCAAUCGCACACAGUGACUCAAUUCAACUACAUGGGCAUAUUGUUAUAAUCUACAUAAUUUAGACAGACAAUGGAUUGAGAAUUGAUCUUUGGUAAUGAAUUUUAAAUAUAAAUUAACAAUAUUUUGUUAAAAAAUAAAGUUUUCAGAAACAUUA